UCUCUCUCUCUCUCUCUCUCUCUCUCUCUCUCUCUCUCUCUCGCUCCUCUAUCGCCGCCGCAGAACUUCGCCGACAAACCGUCAGGUGACCGCGCGGAGCGGAAUAUUCAUCAGCACCGUCGUCGUCUUUCAUCCCUCCACUCCUUUCGGACUCCAGGCAACCGGAGCUGCCGCAGCCCCGGUCCCCCCUGUGCGCUCUCAUCCGGUUUGGGACAUUCUCCGCUCCACGCACACGCAGAUUAACGGGGAUUCUGCCUGCACGCUCACGCGCUGAUGCUGAUGUCCUUGAGCUCGGCCUGCACGGUCCUGGUGGUGCAGUAGUAGCUACCUCUGAACUGGAUCCACUUCCCGCCCCUCUCUCCAUCCGUCCAUCAUCCUCCCAUCACCGUCUCUGUAAGUCUGUCAGCCCGUCCGUCCGUCUGUCCAUGGACUGGCCGUGACCCUGGAGGGAGGGGGACAGAAAAGAGGAAAGAGCGGAGUCGCAGAGGAGACGAAGGAAAAGAAAGCUGGAUUCAUUCAGACAUCAAGCUUCGAAAGUGCCCCGGCUUGCUGUCCUUGAUCCCCCUCACCCUCCUCCUCCUCCAGUUAUGGAGAAUUAAAGGAGCAGUGGGAGGCCAGGCCAAGAUAGUGAGGAGGAAAAAAUAAAUAAUCAACCAAUGCCCCUUCAUUGUCCUUGAAAUGAAAUAGUAAAAAAGGAUUUAGGUGCAUCAUUAUAAUUACAGAUUAUUUAAGAAAGAAAUCCAGACCGAACCAAAGUAUUGGCUGCUGAGCACAUGAACAACCCUCCACCAACCGAACAAAAGGGGAACUGAGUUGAAGACAGACUACAGAGAGAAAGGAGGACCAAAAAACAGGAAAGAAACCCUUGCUGACAUGUCAACAACAGCCACUAUGGGUGAAAUGGCAAACAGCGCGGUGGAGUUUUAUCCCAAAGGGACAAGAGGCGUGGGCGGAGGAGGAAGGGCAGAUGGCAGCCAUGCAGGGGGAGACUUUGGGGUCACGGUGGCGGAGCUAACGGAGCUGAUGGAGCUCCGAGGGGCUGAUGCCAUUCAGAAGAUCCAGGAGAGCUACGGAGACCCAGAUGGGCUCUGCCAGAGACUACAGACCAGCAAGACUGAUGGUCUCAGUGGGGACCCGGCAGACCUGGAGCGCCGGGGCCAAAUUUUCGGCCAAAACUUCAUUCCCCCGAAGAAGGCCAAGACCUUCCUGGAGCUCGUGUGGGAGGCCUUACAGGACGUCACACUUAUCAUCUUGGAGGCGGCCGCCAUCAUCUCCCUCGGCCUCUCUUUCUACCAGCCUCCCGGGGGGGAUACCGAGGCAUGUGGGGUUGUGUCGGGGGCGGCGGAGGACGAAGGCGAGGGCGACACUGGCUGGAUUGAGGGUGCGGCUAUCCUGCUGUCUGUUGUGUGUGUCGUCCUGGUGACGGCGUUUAACGACUGGUCCAAAGAGAAGCAGUUUCGCGGUCUACAGAGUCGGAUCGAACAGGAACAGAGGGUCACAGUCGUGCGUAAAGGAAAUGUCAUCCAGAUCCCAGUGGCUGACAUGGUGGUGGGGGACGUGGCGCAGGUCAAAUACGGGGACCUGCUGCCAGCCGAUGGUGUCUUGGUCCAAGGCAACGAUCUGAAGAUAGACGAGAGCUCUCUUACAGGAGAGUCUGACCACGUACGCAAGUCUGUGGAGAAGGACCCCAUGCUGCUCUCAGGUACCCAUGUGAUGGAGGGCUCGGGCAAGAUGCUGGUGACAGCUGUUGGUGUCAACUCGCAGACGGGCAUCAUCUUCACCCUGCUGGGUGCUGGAGAGCUGGAGGAAGAAGGGAAGGACAAGAAAGAGGACAGUACUCAGUUGCUCAUCUCCACAGAGGCCAAUUUCAGCACAGUCACCAAUGGAAAACAACCUGAUGGAGCUGUGGAGAACAAUCAGAACAAAGCCAAGAAGCAAGACGGGGGUGUUGCCAUGGAGAUGCAACCCCUGAAAAGUGCAGAGGGAGGAGAGGUCGAGGACAGAGAGAAGAAGAAGACCAGCGUUCCGAAAAAGGAGAAGAGUGUGUUGCAGGGCAAGCUCACCAAACUCGCUGUUCAAAUUGGCAAAGCAGGUUUGGUGAUGUCAGCCAUCACCGUCAUCAUUCUGGUGUUGUACUUUGUCAUCAACACGUUUGUCGUUGAAGGUCACACGUGGUUGACAGAGUGUACUCCGGUCUACAUCCAGUACUUUGUCAAGUUCUUCAUCAUUGGAGUAACGGUGCUGGUAGUGGCUGUCCCAGAAGGUUUACCUCUCGCUGUCACCAUCUCUCUGGCUUACUCUGUCAAGAAAAUGAUGAAGGACAACAACCUUGUACGCCACCUGGAUGCUUGCGAGACCAUGGGCAACGCCACGGCCAUCUGCUCCGACAAGACCGGCACCCUCACCACCAACCGCAUGACUGUGGUCCAGUCUCACAUAGGUGACGUGCAUCACCGUGCGGUCCCUGACCCCGGACAGAUCAACCCCCGGACACUGGAUCUAUUAGUCAAUGCUAUCGCUAUUAACAGCGCGUACACCUCCAAGAUCUUACCGCCUGAUGUGGAGGGGGGUCUGGCUAAGCAGGUGGGCAACAAGACGGAGUGUGGCCUUCUGGGAUUUGUAUUAGACCUACAGCAGGACUACGCCCCCGUCAGAGAGCAGAUCCCCGAGGAGAGACUGUACAAGGUGUAUACAUUCAACUCAGUGCGUAAAUCCAUGUGUACGGUGAUCAAGCUGCCUGAUGGGUCCUUCCGCCUCUACAGCAAAGGAGCCUCUGAGAUCAUGCUCAAGAAGUGUUGCUUCAUCCUAGAUGCCAAUGGUGAAGCGCGCACGUUCCGCCCACGUGACAGAGAUGAGAUGGUCAAACAGGUGAUUGAGCCAAUGGCGUGUGAGGGGUUGAGGACCAUCUGCAUUGCUUACCGUGACCUUCCGGGUAAUCCAGAGCCAGAUUGGGAUAACGAAGCAGACAUAAUGACAGAGUUGACCUGCAUCACCGUGGUUGGGAUAGAGGACCCUGUGCGGCCCGAGGUGCCUGAUGCCAUCCGUAAGUGUCAGCGUGCAGGCAUCACGGUGCGGAUGGUGACUGGUGAUAACAUUAACACAGCGAGGGCCAUUGCCGCUAAAUGUGGCAUCAUUCACCCCGGGGAUGACUUCAUUUGUCUAGAGGGCAAAGACUUCAACCGACGAAUCAGGAACGAGAAAGGAGAGAUUGAACAGGAACGUAUUGACAAAAUCUGGCCCAAACUUCGGGUGUUGGCUCGAUCCUCGCCAACCGACAAACACACACUGGUAAAAGGCAUCAUCGACAGCACCGUCCUAGAACAGAGGCAGGUUGUCGCAGUAACGGGAGAUGGGACCAAUGACGGACCGGCUUUGAAGAAGGCUGAUGUUGGCUUUGCCAUGGGUAUUGCGGGAACAGACGUGGCUAAAGAAGCGUCUGACAUCAUCCUGACUGAUGACAACUUCAGCAGCAUUGUGAAGGCGGUGAUGUGGGGACGAAACGUCUACGAUAGCAUCUCCAAGUUCCUGCAGUUCCAGCUCACGGUCAACGUAGUGGCUGUCAUAGUGGCCUUCACCGGGGCCUGCAUCACUCAGGACUCUCCUCUGAAGGCGGUGCAGAUGCUGUGGGUGAACCUCAUCAUGGACACGUUUGCGUCUCUGGCCCUGGCCACCGAGCCCCCCACUGAGGACCUGUUGCUACGGAAACCCUAUGGUCGGAACAACCCACUCAUCUCACUGACCAUGAUGAAAAACAUCCUGGGCCAUGGAGUCUACCAGUUGAUUAUCAUCUUCACCCUACUGUUCAUAGGCGAGCACAUUUUCAACAUCGACAGCGGGCGCAACGCUCCGCUCCACUCCCCUCCAUCUGAGCACUACACCAUCAUCUUCAACACCUUCGUCCUAAUGCAACUUUUCAACGAGAUCAACGCUCGCAAGAUCCACGGAGAGAGAAAUGUCUUCGACGGCAUAUUUGCCAACCCCAUCUUCUGCGCCAUUGUUCUGGGGACCUUCGCCGUGCAGAUCGUGAUUGUGCAGUGGGGAGGGACGCCCUUCAGCUGUGCCCCUCUCAACGUGGAGCAGUGGCUCUGGUGUCUGUUCGUGGGAGUUGGAGAGCUCCUCUGGGGGCAGGUGAUUGCCACGGUGCCGACAGCGCGGCUGCCAUGCCUGAAGGAGGCGGGGAUGGGCCACGAGCCCGGCGAGGAGGAAGGUGAGGAGAUGGCUGAGGAUGAGGAGGAGAUCGACUGUGCUGAGAGAGAGCUGCGCCGGGGACAGAUCCUCUGGUUCAGAGGCCUCAACCGCAUCCAGACCCAGAUGGAGGUAGUGAGCACGUUCAAGCGAAGCGGUUCGUUUCAGGGAGCGGUGAGACGGCGUUCCUCCGUGCUCAGUCAGCUCCAUGACGUAAACACUAUCUCUACCCCCUCUCACGUAGCUCUCUCCACCGCAACAGCCAAUACCAGCCCAGCCCCCGGGAAUGCGAGUGGUGAAAGCAUUCCGUAGUAACCUGUACGAGGGCCGGGAGAAACCGGAAUCCCGCAACUCCAUCCACAACUUCAUGGCCCACCCGGAGUUCCUCAUCAACGACCUCAUCCACAACAUCCCGCUGAUCGACGACACUGACGUGGACGACGAAUCAGAGCUCAGCAGAUACCAGCACCUGCACCCGGCCCUCCGCAAGCCGCCACCCCCUCCCGCUCAGCCCCCGCCCCCCGUCCGCACC